GGUCAAACUGGCCUGGCUGGUGAUCAAGGAGAAGCUGGCGCACCUGGUGAUGCUGUAAGUAGAAUUUAAAAGCAAUCUUAAAUUGUCUGCCCAUGGUAUCAAAACAGAAAGCAAUGAGAGAGAAAGAGUUUCGUUGCCUGCGAGUCUUUUCAUAGCGUGAUUAACAAGCAAAUCGAGCUUCACAAAUGAAAAGCAUUGACUUGGAUUGUUAGGAGGCUUUCAUUUAUUAGAGAGGUUUGGAAAGAUUGCGGGGCAGGGAGAGGUUGGGUAGUUUUCAGAUGCCCAACAAGGCGAUUACAGUAUAUAGUCUAACAACUGACAGUAGAGGGGGUAAGUUAAAAUGUCUUGCUUUUUGCCCUAAUAUGUAGCUUUAGACACUGAAAAAGCAUUAGGUGGUUGAAUUUUAGUAAAAUCGUUUAUAAUGUCCAAGAUAUAGACGACCUAGCUUUGUUUUGUUGUCCAAAACUACAUUGCAGGGCUGGCAUUAGACCUCUAUGAAUGGGGAGGAUGUAACCGAGAUUUGCCUAUUUUUUGCAGAGUCACUCCAACCACUAAAAAACAUAAAGAAAAGUAUUAGAGCAUAGGGAAAGAGGAACGUAAAAAAGUUUCCGGACAAUAUAUUAUUCAUCUUAUUUUGGGUUAAACUACCGUCGUUCGUUCCAUUGUUCUAUAAUGUUUUCCUAAAUUCCUCCGCAUUUUAGCUACCCUUAUUAAUUAUGACAUUUGUUGCACCAAUAGGCAAUACAGUGUAUAUUCACGGAAAUAUUGGGGCAUGAUAAAUGUCACAGUUACCCACUCUCUUUGAAGUGACAAGUGUAUGUGAUUUUGAAUAAACAUUGUAUGGUGACCAGGAUCGAGUGGUCUCAGAAUGCAAGCAAUCAGAGCUCUCAGAUUUUCGAAAUUUAAUGACCCCAUAGGCCUAGAAACGUCUAUGGGACUCUCAGGGGACUCCUAGAAAUUUGUGGUCUACGCCUCGAAUGGAUUGGUGGCACCAAUGUUAUCACCGUGGCUAUUGCCCCAGAAUUUGAAGGGAAUAAAGGAUGCUAAAAGUUUAGAUAUGAGAUGGGCGUGGGUCAUAAAAUUUUGACAUAACAUUGUUUUAACUGUAAUAGUGUAAUAUCAAAGAUAUCAUUAAACCCACACUGUGCUUUUGGUUGGUUGAAUGAAAGUGCAAAACACGAUUUUGAACAAGGCCGGCGAGAGCCAACCACGGGCCCCAGGACAAAAUGACGAUUGGACAUGAACACGGGCCCCCUGUCCCUCUCGGCUCUCCCGCUGGCUUUUUGAAUCGCAAUCAACGAGAGAAUUGCCAGCAAAUUACUUUCAAGAAAUCGCCGCAUAACUGAUAAAAACGCAAUGUGAACAAUGUUUCAGCUAACUGUUUUUGCUGAGAAAACGAUCGAAAAAUCGUUUAUUUCACAUUUGGUACGUUUUACGAUCGAUGACGACGAUCAGCGAAUGGUGUGCAAGUAGGCGUAUUUCAUUUAGGACAAACAUAAAACGAUGAUAAACAAUACGAACAUUUUACCGAGAUUUCCGACUCCCGGGUAUUUUGUCCCCCCCCCCCUCUGCCGGCCUUGAUUGCGAACCGUUCAUUUCUUACAUGAACCAAAUACCCAAGCCAUAUUAAUUUAUUCUAUUGACUAUUUGGAGCCAAUCUCUUGCUAUUCUGUCAACAGUCCCAUCAACAGCUCUGCAAGGUUGAGAAAAUUAUUUUCUUCAGAGCACAACCUGGAGGUAAAAAUCCCUGCAGACCAUUCUGAGUAUUUUUUGUCUAUAAACAUAGUGUCCUAACAUAGUGUCAUUUGUGUCAACGUAAAUCUGUCUAUAAACAUAGUGUCCUAACAUAGUGUUGUUUGUGAAAAUCGACAGGUAGACAAACAGUUAUUUCGAAACCUGUUAGUGGGAGAUGCGUGUUUGUAUUCAAAUUUUCAGUUACAAAUUUUCCAUCUUGGAGAUUUCCUACAGCUGUUUAACAUUUUCUGAGCCAUGCUUGACUAUUUUUUCCAUCUCGGGCGUGCUCAUCUACAAGUAACAGUUAAUUCAGCAACAGAAUGAGAUUCUUGAUUGAAAAAAAAAGGAUAAAGUGUAUCUUUAUACUGCAUGCAAGCAAGAUUUUGAUUUGGACAUUGCGCCCUAACUUUCAUUUAUUUGUAUAGAAUUUAUUGUAAACUUUCUUCACUUUUGGCAACUGAGUCAUAUUAUUUUGUUUUAGGGUGAACCUGGUGAUAGUGGAAGAGACGGACAAGACGGACAAGUUGUAAGUUCGUAAAUUUAGUUGCCCAUGUUUCUACUCAGAUGUGUCCUGACAAUGACAAACUAAACUAAAUUAUAUACGUGUAGACUGUCACAUAGCUCUGUUUGUUCUAAACCGCUUUAACCACUAGGGCCAUUCCUAAUGGUAGUGCAGAAUGAAACAUGAAUACUUGAGAAAACCUGCAGUGUUUGAAAAAGUCAAACGUGGACCACUUCUUGCGCGAACCCUGCUCACACUAACCAUUGUUAAAUAUUAUACUGGACGAGUUAUAUUACACUCAACGAGUGCUUACUUUGUGUAAUUUUCAUUUUUAUUUCAAAACAGGGUCAACCUGGCCAGGCUGGUUCUAAGGGUUCUCAGGGAUCCAAAGGUCCACAGGUAAGUUGUAGUUACAUACAUGUAUAAAAAGCUUGGCAUAAUAAUUUGACACUUGAUUAAAUCUACAUGUACAGUGUAGUGUAUGACUGGAUAUCUAUUCUAGACAUUAUGGUUCAUACAAUAUAUUGUAUUGUGCCUUAGAUAUGUCUCCCAAUUCUGUGUUUAGUUUCUGCAGUUUUCUUUCUGCAUGAUUAUGACAUCAUGCUCGGAAAAGUUAAAUCAAUUUAAAUGCCACUUAUUUAACUUGUACGCGAAUGAACAUUUAGUGGUUGACCAGUGUCAAGCGAAAUUCCUGACCUCUGCGAAAUUUUCGAGUAUUUCAUUGUUAUAAAUUUUAUUGGUUUACAACAGUUGGUCUAUUUGGGAAUGAUAACAGCUAUACUCUUAAUAGCUAAUUAUAAACGCCUAUAUGGCUUCAUAACUCACACUCACAAGCAAAUUGUAACACUCAUAGGCACAAAAAGUGCAAAAAUUUUAUAAUUAUGUUUGAAUAGUGCUUUUUUAUAAAUUAUGCUUGUUUGUUUUAAUUAUGCCAAACAUUAUGCUAGCACAAUGGGCCAAAGCCUAGAAGAUGGUAAUACCGAACUAUGAAAAAACAUUUUUGACCUAUUAUGUUUAUCAAGUUAGGCGAGGGAGGGGAGGGUGUCGUUAUUCUUCUCACUGAUAGCUAUCAGCCUUAGUUUGCUUUGCUAUCCCAACAAGUCUGGGAACUGAUGUGGUCAUGUUGUGAACGUCUUAUCAUUAUGCACAUGUCUUUUGCCAAUGAGAUAUAUGCAAGGGCCAUUAGAAAAUAUUUUCUAGGCUUUAUUAAUUUGUGUUUUUGCACAUAGGGUGCCAAUGGACAAGCUGGAACAGCUGGACCACCUGGUGGGCAGGUAUGUUUCAACUACUCAUCUUUUUGACUUUAUAGCUGAGAGAUGAAUUAUUUAUAGGUACCAUAUUUAUAGGUACCAUAAUCAUCCAAAGCUGCAUCUACAAAGAGAAUUGCUAUAGCAAUGGCAGCAACAAACGAGUUGGCCAUACCAAUUCUGGCAAGGCGUAUAUAGAUUACCUCCAUGCCACUCACACUGUUAAUGGGAAAAUGCAAUUAAUAGUGUUUUACAUGUACACAUGCUACACGGCUAAAAACGCACAGGUUGUUCCAAGUUGAUAUCGACAGGCGUGAACAAUGUUGUGCGGCCAACUAUGAACAAGUUGUCAACCAUGUUGUUCUAAGUUGUUACAGUUGAACAAUGCUGUAACAACAUGUUGACAGUACUGUUCAUAGUUGGCCGCACAACUUUGUUCACGCCUGUUGGUAUCAACCUGGAACAAGUUGUUGAUUUUCUCAAUUUUUACGUGUGUAUUUAAAAUAUAUAAAAUUACAUGUACCUAACAGAAAAGGGGUAGGGGAAGAGCGAAGAAUGUGGGUGGAGAGAAAGCUCUGCCACAAGGCAAGGCAAGAAUGACCAAACCUGAAUACUGUCAGAUCUCACCUUGGGCUGAAAUAAUAAGCUGGCACAAGGGAAGGAUCCCUCACGACCGAUUAUUAUUUUAGUGUAUUUCUUUAUUCCUGCAUUUUAUAUAGAGAAUAAUACAUGGGUGCGCGGAAAUACCAGAUUUAUUUCGAGUGUUGAACAUGAUAUCUCACGAGUGAGCGCAGCGAACGAGUGAGAUAUCAUGUUCAACACGAGAAAUAAAUCUGGUAUUUCCAAGCACCCAUGUAUUUUUAUGUUUAUUAUAUAAAGGACAUUCUUUGAAAAGCGAUAAUUUUUACACAAAAGCCAAAAUUGAAAAGCAAUAAUUUUCACAUGUCAGAUUAUCAUAAAUGAUCUCACAUGUGAGAUUAUCACUUUUGUCAGUGCUCAAAAUCUCUAUAAAGUACCAUACUUUAUAUAAUAAAUGAUGUUUAUGCGUACCGUACUGUACGUUUACGUUAUGUUAUGUACGAUGCGUAAUUGUUAUAAUACGGUUACGAUUCCCGCCUGGUUCAUCACUUGCAAGUACAGUGUGAGACAAUAAACAUUAAAGGCCUGAUAUUCAUGUUAGCCAAACAAGGGAGCCAGACACAAGAUGGUAAUCAAUAAGACAUUCUUGACUCUACACACACAAGUCCGCAUGAUAUGUUUACAAGACCACCAACAGUUUACAAGAACUGAAAGACAUAUAUUCAUUCUAGGGUCCACAAGGUUCAACUGGUAUCGCAGGUAGACGGGGUGUACCUGGUGCAGGCGGUGAGAAGGGAGAAACUGGGACAGGGGGACGUCCUGGAAACCAAGGUCGAGUGGGUGAUCCAGGAAAAUCGGGUACUAAAGGUUCCAAAGGUGACGUGGGUGCUGAAGGUGUGCAAGGUAGUGCUGGACAGAAAGGAGAUAGGGUAAGAAAACAGCAGUAUUAUACUUUAUAUAAUAAACAACACGCCAUUUGAUUGGUCAAUAUACAAUUGCCUGAUCCUGGGCUUUUUAAAAUGUCGGACAAUGAAAACAUUUUAACGUGUGAAGUUAGAUAUAAAGAACAUUCGGGGGGGGGGGAAGGGGGGUUUAGCGACUUAACAAACUCUGUCUCUGAUUGGUUAGUUUACGAUUGUUGUGAAAAUUGCACAUUUCAUCAAUAAAUCUAAUAAAGUUAAUCGUUGUUCCACUGUAGUUAUUUUAUAAAACAAUUAUCAAAUGGUUUUCCGUGCAGGAUAGCGUCAUUCAUGCACUUGGGAUGUUGUUGACUUUCGAAAAGCGUAAAAAAAACACUCGUCUGCGGUUCAUGACUUUUACGCUUUCCGAAAGUCUCGCAACAUCCCGCGUGCAUGGAUGACACACGGAAAACCAUUUUGUAUUCCUUAGGUAGCAAUUAACAAUAUUUACAAACUUGAUUGAAGUAUUUAACUACUGCAAAACACAUGUUGAGUUGAGACCUGUGUACUGUAGAUUAUACAAUUAAGAAGCCGUAGCUAUUUAUUAAUCGGAGUGUUUAAUUAGGUAGUACAUGUAGUUUAUUUGAUAAAAAUGGUACUCUACCUAGGGAGCUUUAGAUUGGACUACGAGAUUUUUCCGUUCAAUUUCUGCUACUUGAGACUUGCUAUAUCGUUCUCUCUUUGGCAUAGCACAUCUUUAAAACAACACUUCAACCAAACUACGUAUACUUUUAAGCUUUUUGGAGCAGAUAUUCCGUAGUCAAAUCUAAAGCUCCCUGAUGUCUAAUGAGGUAGUGCUGGACCAAAACAAGAAAGAGCAAGAAAAUAGCACUAUAUAUGUAGUUUAUUUAGUAAAAAAGGUACCUACUGUACAGCGUAUGUUGGUGAACGUCUAAUAAGAUUGUAUAAGACCUCGAGGAGAUGGGUAAGAAUUCAUUACUAUGACAGAAGAUAUUAAAGAAACGUUCUCUUAUUUAUGAUGUUUAAUCUAUUAAGACCUUUGUUAACUGGCGCACUUACUAGAUUUCGCUCCAUCAUUGUUCAUGAAAGUCUGGACGAUGGAAAGUGUAUUUUAUAUAUUGCGACGUUGUCGUUUUGAAUGUGUUUUACUUGAUGUGUUUCUUUUCUAACAGAGGAAAUUUCUUUAUCUUAGGGUGCGAUUGGGCUACCUGGACCAACUGGAUAUCAGGGCAGCUCUGGUAAUCCGGUAAGUUCGUGUAAUUUUAUUGUUUUUCCUACAAGUAAUAAUGGAAUUGUAGUAAAAAAAUGCGAGAUAUCCGUAUAACCGCAUACUAGCACGAAACGUGACAUUUAGAAGUUAAUAGGAAUGUUUUCUGUUUACAACUGAAGAACUGACGGAAACAAUUAUCACUUGCAGAGGUGCUGGUAGUCUAGUCCCAGACCCUCUUCUUGCUGCAACCAAACAGAUUUUCACAUCUAUGAACGACUUACCCUGCCAGCUACAUUCCACUGAUUUCAAUUUUUAGACACUUUUUCUAACAUUUAUUAGCUGACUAAACAAACGAUUUUCAAAAAUGGCGCUGUAUUCCUUUAAAGUGCAUAUGACAUGAAAUUUCUUAUUUUCUUAAAUGAAAGAACUCUUUAGUGUAAUUUAUUUUUCAGUUUCUUGUUUUUAUGGUUUGUUCCCAAGAUAUAUCAAUUUGUUUGAUAUGUAAAUGAGUGUGAAUAUGUCCGCUAAUGUAUGACGUCAUGUUGGUUGCAAGCUCAACUUACACUGGUUAUAAAUGUAUUAACUCCAAAAACUGUUGAUAUCAGUUCACGUUUUUCUCCAGUGUUUCAUCACAUUUACCAGUGAGUGAAGUUUGAAAUUAUCAUCUUGGAUAAUAGCAGUGAUAUUCAAGCAUUUUGAAGAGCUUGCAACCAGCAUGACGUCAUAAAUUAGCGGACAUAUUCACACUCAUUUACAUAUCAAACAAAUUGAAAUAUCUCGGGAACAAACCAUAGAAACAAGAAACUGAAAAAUAAGUUACACUACAACUUAAAGGUGAUGUAAAGUCCGUAAUGUAAACAAGCGCUUUGUUUACAUUUUGAACUCAGUGCUACAGUUGUAAAAUGUAGAAAAGAGUUUUUUCAUUUAAGAAAAUAAGAAAUUUCAUGUCAUAUGCACUUUAAACUUGUCCUUGAAGAAACCAGACUACAGUAUAAAACGCAAUAAACCGACUGCAAUUAACCUGACUACAAUAAACAUCUUUUUCAUGACAUGUUUUGUUUGCUUAUGUCAACAUGGAAUGUUUAAAAUCUGACAUGAUUCAAGUGAAUACACGCUUCCAGAAAGUUAGACUUGCCACAGGUCUGCCUCAGAAUUUUCCUCUUGACGUCUUUGAAAAAUGACGUCUUUGCAAAGACGUCUUUAGGACUUUGCGAAAAAUGACGUCUUUGAAAAGGACUUUGCGAAAAAUGACGUCUUUGAAAAGGACUUUGCGAAAAAUGACGUCUUUGAAAAGGACUUUGCGAAAAAUGACGUCUUUGAAAAGGACUUUGCGAAAAAUGACGUCUUUGAAAAGGACUUUGCGAAAAAUGACGUCUUUGAAAAGGACUUUGCGAAAAAUGACGUCUUUGAAAAGGACUUUGCGAAAAAUGCUGGAGCCUCGUUUUCGUUAUUGAGACUUUUUUUUUCUUUUUUUUUAAUAUUUAUUUUCAGGAAGCUUUCUCACAAAAUGAUUUUCAGAAAGGUCCUGAACUAAAUAAACAAAUUUACAAGGAAGACAUGCAUAUACUACAAAACUAUGAAAAAUAUUUAAAUAUCAUACGAGAGAAAGUUCAAAGAUUGCUAAAAAGUUUCUCUUAAAUGUAGAAAUACUACUAGAGAGUUUUAUCUUUCUGUCCUAGUUGUUCCAGUCUGUUAUUGGCUGGUAUAAGCGAGUCUUUGCUUUCCCCAAUUCCUUGACACUUUAGGUGGCCUUAAAUUGUCCUUAUAUCGCGUAUUGUAGUUAUGUAUUUCUCUGUUCGCUAGAAGUUCAAAUCCAUGUGAGGUAUGAUUAUUUAGACACUCAAAACAAAUAAGAUCUACGUUGUUCAAGAGUGGUCCAGCCUAAAGUGUUUAACGCAAAAGCUGCGUUUUAAUGCAUGCGUUUUAACGUUAGGCUUAACUAAUGUUACAUACACGAAAACGAGGCUCUAUAGCCAAAGUUAGAUACUUUCCGCAAGGGUGUAUUAAAUUAGUUUCAUUGUGGAACCAAAUACUUUUUUUACCGUAACUCGUUUAUCUUAAUUUUCAAAAGAAAUAUAUGACAAGAAAAAAUGAAAAAUCAACUAUGAAAAGCAUAAUGUCAAGUAUCGGAAAAGCAUUGUGCAUUACUUGAUUAUUCCUCAUUCACCUUUUCUGUCAAUAUAGGGUCCCCCAGGACCACCUGGAACCGCUGGCUCACGUGGAGAGAGG